UUUGAGACGAGACGAUUUCUUCGAUAACGAUACCCCCGUGUACACCACUUUCCUUGCGUAGUCGACCUCUUGUUUUCCUUUUCGCAGCAACCAUUGAUACCCGGUCUCCCUGGACCUCCACUUCGUAGCAAGGCGUUCCGGACUUUGAUUGGGACAUGGACGAACCGAGUUGGCAAUGGCCGGCCUGGAAGUUUGGGAUGAAGAGGGAGGACCUCUUCACCAAACUCCAUGACCAGUACAAUACCAUCCCCUCCAGCAUCCAGGACCCCGAGGCUUUCCACCACGACGUCUACGAGAUCUCGACGACGGCCAGCUCUCCUACAGAGUUCCACCGUCUCCUGGCCGAGCGCAAGGCGCUCCGUCUGCGGGAGCUCAACGAGUCGCUCGAGUCUGCCGCCGUCGAGAUCAUCGCCAACCCCGACCUGAUUGGCACCGAGCAGUGGCAGCACGCCAUCCAGCUCUUUCGCACACGCUCGCUGGACUCCCUCGUGAGGUACUACUCGUCAUAUCUACCCGACGAGCACCCAUGGAGGACGUCAAACCACACAACCGCGACCGCCCAAGUCCCUGUCGACGACGUAUACAUCUUUGACAGCUCUGACGACGACAUAUAUGAUCGCGUCACCUAUGAACCCAAACACAUCACCACCGACAUUCCCGCAAGCCACAUGCCUCUCUCACCGCGGUCCUCGACGAUGUCGUCAGACCUCUCCGGCUCUGCGCUCUCGCCUAUUGAGCUCUCUGACUCUGAGCUCGCUUUUGAUCUUGCGACGCCAUCGCGAGCCGCGUCUUACGCGGACACUGAGAAUGACUUGGUGUUUUCCGCGACCUUGACGGCGUACGACGAUGAGGAAGACUUCUCCCAGACGGAUGACCACCUGUCGCCUCCGACAUCUGUCUCAGACUAUGACGAGACGCGGUCACUCCCUGACACCUCUGCAUCAUAUACCGAUGAUGAGGUGCCCACCACUUCUUGUUCCUUCACACCUGCCGCGUGUGAUGAGACUGACGAUGGUGGUUCAGAGUCGGAAACCCCGACGCCUCGCAAAGAGGCGCCCUCAGACUCGUAUCUCUCGUGUCGGUCGGCGGGCAACAAGUUCUCCACGUCAUCAUCAGCGUCGAGCGCAGCGAUGCGACGAAGUCAGUCUGCAUCGUCGUUGUAUACGCAGGUUCUUGCCGAGUACGUGCGCGGCCACCCACGCAGGAGUCAUCGCGACGCUAGCCCGGGAGGUUUCCACGGCAGCGGCAGCAGAAGGAGGAGUCCUGAGCUUGGUCGAGUACAGAAGCCGUCGACAGAGUUCUCAGUAUUCCGGUCAAAGUAUCGGCGGAGGGCGGAUUGAGUCCAGCUGGACUUUCAAGUGUACAUACUUGAUGAACAUAGCGAUGUCUUUUAGCGAUAUACCUUC